UAUGAUUACUGAAAGCAGAAGAAGAACAUGAUAGCGAGCACUGACAGAUGCUGGAGUUGUAGAUUGCUUCGGUCACUGCAUCCAGGCAGUAAUGUCUGGGUAUUUGUGUUCAAGGCUCCUCUUUUACGCAGGUGGAAGACAUCUGUCCAGUUUCUUGGCCGACUGUCAGUAUGUUUUACCUGCUGUGCUGUGUAGAACCUGCCUGUUUGCCUCUCAUACUCGGGGCUUCUCCUCCCGUUAUGGUAGAUCAGAUGGAACCUCGGGGCAGGAAGGUGAAAAUGCAUUCUGUGCUCCUAGAAGUGAACUGGACUUCCAGCUGAGCCGGCUCCAGAUCAAUGCAGUUCUGCGUGCUAAUGAGCAAUCUGUCCGCAUUCCAGAGUUUGAUGGACGUGGUGGUCCCAGCCCUGUGCUGAGAUUUGAGAGCAACCAACUUGCAGCCAAUACUCCACUAGAGGACCGGCGCAGUAGCGCCAGCUGCCUGCAGACUCGCGGCAUGCUGUUUGGCGUGUUUGACGGACAUGGCGGGCAUGCAUGUGCUCAAGCGGUCAGCGAGCGGCUACCUUAUUACAUCUCUGUGGCGAUGAUGUCAGAAUCUGUCCUGGAGGAUCUGGAGGCCGCCAUGGAGACUUUACGUCCGGUGCCGCCGAUUCUGCAAUGGUACAAGAACCACAAUGACUAUAACUAUAGAGAGUCCGCAGCGCUCUACGUCAGUCAUUUGCGUGUUUACUGGCAGGAGCUUCUGGCGAGUGAAGAACACGGUUAUGGCAUGAGCCCUGUGGAUGCACUCACAUACGCAUUCCAGCGGUUAGAUACAGAUCUUUCCUUGGAGGCGCAAGUGCCACUGGCAAAUGACCUCAUGCGCAGCACAGCCAUCCAGGCUGCUUUCGCUGGUUGCACUGCUUGCGUUGCCCACGUGGGACCAGAAGGCGUACAUGUUGCGAAUGCAGGGGAUUGCCGAGCUGUAUUGGGCGUCCAAGAGGAUGAUGGGAGCUGGAGUGCUUUGCCACUCACGCAGGACCAUAAUGCCACCAAUGCAGCCGAGGUGGAGCGGGUAUUGUGCCAGCAUCCGGCCAGCGAGAGCCAAACUGUAAUCUUAGAUGACAGGCUGCUUGGCGUGCUAAUGCCAUUGCGCGCAUUUGGAGAUGUGCGCUUCAAGUGGAGUCGAGAGCUACAGCAGAGUGUGUUGGAGAAUGGAGACUCAGAUUUAGAAGCAUUGAAUCUUUAUCAAUAUGCUCCACCCAAUUACCUUACUCCACCUUACUUGGAAGUCACACCUGAAGUCACUUACCACCGCCUGCGACCGCAGGACCGAUUUCUGAUCCUGGCCUCCGAUGGUCUUUGGGACGAGAUGAACAAUGAGGAGGCGGUCAGGCUGGUGGCGGAACACCUGACAGGUAUUCACCUGCAGGCACCGGUCUCAGCCAGCCAGCUUAACUUGGGGCAAAUGCACCAGCUGCUGCUGCGCCGACGGGCCAGGGCAACACCCGCUCUAGAUCUAAACGCAGCCACGCAUUUGAUUCGCCAUGCGCUAGGCACAAAUGAGUAUGGAGAGAUGGACCAGGAAGGGCUGGCCACCAUGCUGGCUUUGCCUAGUGACCUGGCACGCAUGUACCGUGAUGACAUUACUGUCACAGUGAUUUACUUUAACCAGAACUUCAACAAAGCAUCUCAUAAUAAAUGAUUUUAAAGUUUGACCAAGAAAUUUAGUUUGAAGAAUGGUGUUUUAUUGUUGUGCAAUAUGUGAUUUUGGUCAUUAUGGUUUUGAAGGCAGUUUUAUUUUGAAGGCAGUUUUAUUUGAUCCAGUGCUUACACUUUUUUGGGCCUCAAAAUACGUACAGGUGACCUGUCUGUGAGUAAGCAAAAGCAUUGUGUUUUGAAAAAGUGAAUGCAAGCAAUUGCUAGAAUUCGGCGACUCACUUUUAAAAAAAGUCACACAAUGUGAAGGCAAAUAUAAAACUAGAUUUGUCCAUGUUAUCCAGCAAGCAGCAGAUACAGCUAACAUACUGACAGAUGAUCAGAAAUUUAGGCCAAUUACCUUUUGAGCACAUGUUCUUAUACCUCACCCCUUUUUUAUUACAGUGUAGUUUUAAAGAACUGUUCCUGUGCAUAAGCUUUUUUUUGUAGAUAUAUUUAACCAUAAACAAAUGUUUGCAAAUAUUUCAUCAUAGUUACAUUGUGUUCAUCUUGAAACAAUUCAACGAAGUGGUCAUUUAGGUGCAUCUUUCACAAUGGUUGAAUCAUAAACAUUAGCGAUUAUUUACGCACACGCUAUUUAUUCAAUAGCAUGUUAUCUCUGUUCUGUGUCAUGUUCAUUUUACAUUGCUCCAUGCAUUAAGUCUGUAAGUUGUAGCCUAAGGUUUACAUUCAUUUAGCACACUCGAUACUUUCUGCAGAGUGUUUUUUGUUUCAGCAGUUUGAUUUGUCCUGGUUCUGGGAUUUCGUGGCCUUUGCUAUGAAGACUUUUUCACUUUGCACUAUUUUAGUACAAGUUGUUUGUCAAAUCACCACAGUGAGUCACAAAGAAUUCUUGUCAGUGGUUAAACUGAUGAAAAGUAUGAAGGUCAUAGGGCCAGUUUUAUGGAUUUUAUUUUUACACGUUACUUUUUUUGCAUCUUGCAUGUGAAGCUUUUUCAAAUCGUUUCAAGAACAUUUUGCUUCAGCAAAACUGUCUUCGAAUUAAAAGGCGUAUGUAGAUUGAUGAUGUGAAACAAGCUAACCAUGUGUCCUCCUGACAUUUGUGUUUCUGUUGUUACGAUUUGUACUGUACUAAUGUGAGUUUAAUAGACUUCAGAGAGCCUGUCUCUUCUUGGGAAUGGGCUACUAUGUUUUCACUGCAGAAAUCCAAAUGCUGUCUUUGAAAAAUGUUUCAGGUUAAUAUUGAUUUCUGUAACUUGAACUUAACUGUGUUUCGAUUCUUUGGUUAUUAAAAGACGUUUUA